UUUUUUUUUUUUCCGGCUUCUCUUCUUACACUGUGUAGUUCAGCAGCAGCCAGCUGGUGGCAGUGCUUGGCAACAGCUGCAUUCCUGUGCAGCAGCCUCUGAGCUGGGACAGCAGGAGGGACACUGUGUGUCCAGGGAUGCCAAUUGUACCAAGAGACGCUACAUGCACAGACAAGUCUGAUUUAGGAAUCUGGAGUGCUGAUUAUUGAGGACCCAAAAAUUCAUUCAACUGGAGGGGGGAACAAAAGCUGGACAGCUCUGAAAGUGACCAGAUAGACUUUCUACCUACUCUCCCUGUUGGAUUUGGGGUUGCCAUGGCUGAAGUUGGAGUUCAGGAGCCCACCCUGCCUUGCAAAACUUUGACAGGUGAGGGCUCCAUGCUGCCCUGUAAGGAUAGCAGUGAUGAUGGGUGGCAGCAAAGAGCAGAGGAGGAGGAGGAGGUGGAAAAGGAGGAGUGCCUGGAUAGAGAUGCUGCCACCCUUGCUUGUCCAGAAGAGGACUACAACAAAAUGGGUGGCUCUCAGAAGCCGGGGCAGCUGGCCAGAGACAAACAGGAAGACGACUGGAAACAGGUGGGAAAGAGGCGGCACAGGAGGCGGCCGUCCAAAAAGAAGAGGAAAUGGAAGCCGUACAAUAAGAUGACCUGGGAGGAGAAGAAGCUCUUGGAGGAGCGAGAGACUCAAAGGGCGUCCAGAAUGAGAGCGGAAAUGUUUGCCAAAGGGCAGCCCGUGGCACCUUACAACACCACGCAGUUCUUAAUGGACCUGCACGACCAAGAGGAACCCGACUUGUGCCCUCCGCAAAAGAGAUUUGCUCUCAAUCUUCCACCUCUAAACGCCAACUCUUCCACCAAAGGCGAUAGCACAGAGGAAGACCUGGAAGAGGACGAGGAUGGAACAGGCAGCGACGGAAUGGACAGUAAUGAUGGGACUGAGUUUCUACAGAAGGACUUCUCAGAGACCUAUGAGCGGUACCAUGCAGAGAGCUUGCAGGACAUGAGCAAGCAGGAGUUAAUCCGAGAAUACAUGGAGCUGGAAAAGUGCCUCAGUCGCAUGGAAGAAGAGAACAACCGCUUAAGGCUCCAGGUGUUGCCCUCGGUUGGUGGGAUAGAGGACUCCAGGAUCCGUGAGCUAGAGAUGGAGUUAGAGAAGCUAAAGGAGGAGAACAAGCGACUUAAAAAGGAGGAGUUAGUAGUGGCAGACCCAAGUGGACAUUGACCUUUUGUGCUAUUGCACAUAUCUUUUUGAUCUCCCGAUUAAAUGUUUCAACUUUUUUUUUUUUUCUCCCUUUUCAUUUAACAUAUCCUUGGAGUACCUAGUAUGUCACAAAACAUUGUUCCAAGUUAGAGUUAGGAAGACUCCAGCACAUCUGAUCUAUGCGAACCGUAUUUUAAAGAUGACCUUUUUUUAAGCUCCAAAAGGUUUGCUGGACUUGAUGCUAAUGGACAAAGACAAACUGCAAACCGGGCGAAAUCUGUUCUGUUAAAGACUAUGCAGAUCACAAUAAGAUGUGACUUUCUCCAAACCUUGUGAUCCUGAGACCCAAUUUUGUGGUUUUUGUAUUUAUUUUGAUGAAACUUCUCCAUGUUCUUAAAUAUUUGCAGACUUUCUCUUGCUUCUGAUUCUAACCGGUUUAAUUAUUCUGUAUAUAUAUUUUUUUGCAGUCUGGAUUUUUUAAUAAAUGUUUACAAAUGGGAAAA